GAAGCUUUGCUUCACGGCAGUCCCGGCCAGCGAGCCAGGCUGCAUUCGCAGCUUCCGACUCCUUUUCUCCACAGGUGUGGUGCUGUUGUAGUUCUGCCCAGUAAUUCUUACUGGUAGCGUGGUGCAGCUACAUCGAAGAACAGAGUGGCAGCGUAGCUGAUGGAGUUUGCCGUUGAAGCUGAAGAGACUUCGGGAGGAGUUCUCCAGAGGGUAGCUGAGGGGGUGCGCCUGAGUCCCGAGUCCGGUAGGGAGGGAGUCGGGGACUUAGCAGGGAUGGAGGAGGCCAGUGGUGGAGAGAAGGGGAAAGGAUUUACAGGAAGGAAGAAGACAGAGAAUGCAAAAGAAGGAAGUGGGCAAAAAGCAGAGGAGAUGCGAAUGGACUUAACAAUUGUAAAGCAAGAAGUCAUGGACUGGUCGGAUGUAGAAGGCGGCUUGUUGAAUGGCCAGUGGGUAAAGCAGGAGGUGGAGGAUGGACCUGAGGUGAAGGAUGAGAAAACUGGCAUAUUAGAGGUGAAGCAGGAAGUGGAUAAUAGUAGUUUGGUGGUAAAAGAAGAGAAGGUGGAUGAACUAGGGGUAAAGGAAGAGAAGGUGAAAGUGAAGGAAGAAGUAAUGGACUGGCCAGAAGUGAAGGAAGAGAAGGAGGAUUACUUGAAGAUAAAACAGGAGGUAUUUGUUGGUCAGGAUAUAAAAGAGGAGGAGAUGAUGGAUGGAGCCUGUGUAAAAGAAGAGAAGGAUUUCAUGAAGAAAGAAAUGACGGAAGACACAAAAGUGAAAGAAGAGCCUGAGAUCAGUCCCCCAUUGGGCUGCAAGAGAAAACUGGCCAUGUCAAGGUGUGAAACUUGUGGUACAGAAGAAGCAAAGUACAGAUGUCCACGUUGUAUGCGAUACUCCUGCAGUUUGCCCUGUGUAAAGAAACACAAAGCAGAACUGACCUGUAAUGGAGUUCGAAAUAAAACUGCUUUUGUUUCAAUACAACAGUUUACUGAAAUGAAUCUCCUAAGUGAUUACCGAUUCUUAGAAGAUGUGGCAAGAACAGCAGACCAUAUUUCUAGAGAUGUUUUCUUGAAAAGACCAAUAAGCAAUAAACAUAUGUGCUUUUUGAAAAAUCGUGCUCGAAAGCAAGGUAUUGACUUAAAACUUCUACCCACUGGAUUCACCAAGAGGAAAGAGAAUUCAACAAUUUUUGAUAAGAAAAAACAAAAGUUUUGUUGGCAUGUAAAGCUCCAGUUUCCUCAAAGUCAAGCUGAAUACAUAGAAAAACGAGUACAAGAGGAUAAAACUAUUAAUGAAAUUCUAAAACCUUACAUUGAUCCUGAAAAGUCUGAUCCUGUUAUUCGUCAAAGGUUGAAAGCCUACGUUCACUCUCAGACUGAGGUCCAAAUUUUAAUGAAGGUUGAAUAUAUGCAGCAAAACCUAGUAAGUUAUUAUGAACUGGAUCCUUAUAAAAGUCUCCUAGACAAUUUGAAGAACAAAGUGAUCAUUGAAUACCCAACGUUAUAUGUUGUGUUGAAAGGAUCUAGUGAUGACAUGAAAGUUCUUCACCGAGUGAAGAAUGAAUCUACCAAGAACCUUGGCAGUGAAAAUUGAGCACUUCUUCUGGAAGAAGAAGGUGAAAAUUCCAACAGUUGCAGAGAAUUAUGCAUUGAUGGGCUUUUGGAUAAUUAGGGUAUUAUUAAUGGGCAGUUGGAAUUUUUUGAUUUGUCUGACAAGUACACAAUCUAAACCUUUUGUUGACUUUAUGUAAGGACCCUUUUUUUUAUAGUAUGAACCCCUGUUGAGCCUGAUCAACAUAGACUUUAUUAGGCUUCAAAUUUUAAUAUGUUUACUCCUUCCUAUAGCCUGGAAACUUUUUAUUAGUUUGAUGCAUGACCGCAGAUCACUGGAGUCAUCAAGUGCAUUGAAAGUUGGCAUUCUCUGUAGUGGAACUUCACUAAAGAGAACCGUUGUGCCAGGUACCAUCUAGUCAAGGAAAACUGAUCUUCCAUUAGUUGCCAUUCUUGUCUUUGGAAUAUACAUGCCAUUUUUCACCUCUUUAAGACAACUUUUAUACUUGGGAAACUCCCAAUAUGUUGUCUUGUGGAAAGGCUUAAAUAAGUACUGUUAACUACUAUUUCUUAUAUUCAGUUCAUAAAAUCAGCAUCUCCACAUUGUUUGAAUAGUCAGUGCUCAGUGCAAAUGAACUUGCCGCCUAUUCACUCAAUGAGCUAUGUUUCAUGAAUUCCAUGCCUCAUCUCAGUCCCAGUCCACUCUCAUUACCACAUAAGUGGGUGUUAUGAUGACCAUAUUGAUGCUAUGUUUUGCUACAUCAAGCAGUAAAGAAGGGGAGAAUCACUUGAAAUUCUUUGAUGUGCUAUUGAAACAUAUAUGUGUGUAUUUAUAUAUAUACAUGGCUUAAUUUAUACCUUAUGACAAUUCACAUACUGAAAUUAUGGUUUGCUAAUUUUGUUGGAAUUUAUAGUUAUGAAACUGCAAUGUGGCUAUAAAAGAGGAAAGGAUUAUUACAUCUGUAUUGCAUCUGUGUAUUUAAUGGUUAAAAAACAAUGAUAAAAUUGGACAUUAAUGGAAUUCAUUUUUAUUUUACAGUUGAAAUAAGUUUUAGACCAGAAAGAAAUCAGAGGCAUUAAAGAGACUUUGAAGGAUUAGAAAUAUGAAAAGGUAACGAGUAUAGGAAAAAUUAGAAGAACACAAAUGUGCAUAUAACCUGGCAUAGAAAUUAAAGAAGAAAAUCCAAAAACAAUAGUGUCAAAAAGACCAUUGGUAUAAAAGUACCAGUGGAAAUGUGCUUCAUAAAAAUGCAUUUUGAGAAAUAUAUUUACAUUCUAAAGCAACUUCAGAAAUCUGAUAUGAUAAAAGAUUUAUAUAGAAUUGUGUUUAUGAUAUUACUAGAUAGACAGAUAAAUUGAAUUUUAAGGGAUUCAGUUUUAUUCAAAAGUGUAAUAUGUCUUAUUAAAGCAGGGAAGAGAUAGGAUGAAUUGAAUCAAAUGUGUUACACAGUUUUGGGGAAAAGUGGAACAAAGUACCCCCCCCCAAAAAAAAAAACGUGAUC